AUGAGAUCCUCUACAUGGCGCCAGGGCAGGCGAGGCCCAGAUUUCAGCCUCCAGUUGUAUUCGGUGUUGUUAUUCCUGGUGCAAAUCUCGAAUCAGCAACAUGACCCAGUCAGAAACUUUUGCCGCAGAUUUGGUCAUCAAACGGCUAUCAUCGACCGCAAGCUUUAUAUCGAUGGUGGCUUCAUCAACUGGAGCCCGAUGUCUCAGUACCCGGCCAAUAAAUCAAGUAAGUAUACGGCAAUGGGCCAGGUCGGUGCAAAACUCGAGGUCAAAACUACAGGAGCGGACCUGGCUGACAUGGGCACAUUAGACACUUGGCUACUAUACCAGGAUCUCGACUCUAGCAGCCCCAGUGGCAUGCCUCAACUGUAUGGUAACCUAUCAAAAAACGAAAGCAUACCCCAAGUCACUGGUGGAGUGCUUUGGGCAGAUGACGUGAACAAGCGUUUGUAUCUGUACGGCGGGGCCAUCAACGAUGCUUCGGAGCGACUGAACGCAUUCGAGCUGUGGUCAUAUGAUGUGAUAUACGACAAGUGGGACUCCUUUGGUCCCUCGAGAAUCGGCAUCCAGCGUCUAGCCUACGGUGCCGGUGUCGGGGUUUCUAGGACAGGGAAAGGGUAUUACUACGGCGGAUGGAUGUCCAAUGCAACCACUCCGGGUUGGAACGGCUUGCCUGCGGCAACCUCGUAUCUGGUGACAUACGAUUACGAUUCAAACAGCUGGAGCAAUGACACCGGCCCUGACGAUAUCCCGAGGGCAGAAGGCUCAAUGGUCUUCAUUCCUGCUGCCGACGGCGGCAUGCUGGUGUAUUUGGGGGGAAUAACAGACUUGUCUGGAAACGGUACGGCGAUUCAAGGGCAGUCCCUUGCCAAGAUAAUGCUCUUGGAUGUCAUCAACGCAAAGUGGUAUAUCCAGGAUGCCAGUGGUGACGUGCCUGACAUGCGCCGGCGGUUCUGUAUGGACGUCACCUGGACCGCCGACAGAUCAAGCUACAACAUCUAUCUCUACGGCGGAAUGGGUAUUGAGCCAGACAAACAAGCUGGCUUCGACGAUGUUUACGUCCUUUCCAUCCCCAGCUUCACAUGGAUCAAGCUCGAACCAAGGGAUCGCAACGGCACAGGCAGAUACCCCCAUCACACUUUGACCUGCAACAUGGUGCCGCCACGGAGCAAUGACGAGUACAGCGGAGCAGGAGGUGGUCAGAUGCUGGUUAUCGGUGGCACCUUUCCGCUGACACAAGAUUGCGACACACCGACUCAAUGGGGGACCCAUAACCUAGAUUUGGGGGCGCACGAUCCAUGGCAGAUAUAUAAGGCCCACGGUGUGUCUUAUGCGGUACCCAGCCGUGUAGUCUCAGUCAUCGGCGGCGACGCUACCGGCGGUGCCACGGCUUUGCGACCAAGCAAUGGAUGGAACAACCCGGACCUGGGCGUCGUGAUUACCCGGACCGGGCCGGUUUUGAGUGCGACGCGGUCGCCGACCCGAUCUAUUCCCACUUUGAUCAACCAACCGGAAGCAACAACAAUGAAUGCAGGACAAAUCGCCGGCAUCGCGAUAGGCACAGCGAUCGCGCUCGUUGUGGCCAUUGUCUCCGCUACAACCCUUAUUCUGUGUCUCCUACGCAAGAGAAAGCAGAAUCAACGUCAGCAACACCACGAUGCUCCAAUAAGCGAACAGCGCGGCAUCGAAAACAACCAUGGAGCCGAGUUGAGUUCGGAUGGGCAGAGGUUCGAGACAGACGCGGUAGACAAAACCGGAUGGGAGGCCGCCAUGCAGUUCACCGCAACACCGGGAGAAGGUUCAUCACCAGUGGAAUCGUCGAACCCGCCCUUAUCCCCUUUCCAGACACGACCCAGCAGUACACUGGCCCAAGAUCGAGCCUCCUCGACGAGCCCGGGGCUUGAUCCACCGCAGAUAGCGGAGUUGGAAGGCACCAUUGUCCCAAUAGAACUAGUUGCAGGUUCUGUGGUCAACUCUGACGCAGGGAAUUUAGAAGCUCCGAUAGACAGGGACGCAGAAACCGACCGACGUCAUAGCCCAGUACUAGGCGAUAGUCAAAACCCACAACGGCAGCCUUCCAUUCCGCCGGAAGACCACAGCCUACUGAGCCAGACGGAUAGCCACGGCAAUAGCGACGCGGUCUCGCCGCUCUCAGCACGCGGCCCUCCUCCACCAUUCGACCCGCAGGAGCGGGGCUGGAUACCACAGGUCAGUCGGUUGGAGAUGCCGCUCCUACCGAGCACAAAGAGUAACCUGCCGCGAGGGUCGUGGCGGGUCUUUUUAGACGAGCAUGAAGAGUUUAAUCACAGUCCUCGGUCGAUGGAGACUGUUGCAUCUGGCCCCGGGGCGAUGGAGACGCCAUCCACCCCCGACCCGGGGGCGCAGAGCCUCCAACUCCGCGAAAUAUCCACCUUGCCGGACCUUGACACACCGCCUGUCGAGGAGAGAAGAGCAGCCAGAUAA